AGGCACGUCUGUGCAGGCAGCUCUUCCUUUUGCAGAUACAGUCUCUCCAGCAGAACUACUCGGCUUUAUGUGGAAUACGGACUCCAGAAAAGGACCCUUGCCUGUGGACGCGUGAAUGCAGCAGGCUUUUCCACCUCAGGCAACAUCAUAUGAUACCAACUGGAACGUAAAAAUCAGUCGAUCAAAAUAAUCAACGAACCAGGACAAGAAAAGAGCCAAAGCUGGUGACACUGGGCAGAUCUACUUUUGAGAAGUGUUGCCGGUUGCCAGGGGGGAUUCUGCCAUGGACUCCACUCUCCCUCCUCCUGAGAGCGCUGUCCCGGAGGGCACUCUCUUUAGCAUGACUGACGUGUUCCUCUUCUCAGUCAUCGUUGGCCUCCUUUCCUACUGGUUCCUCUUCCGCAAGAAAAAGGAAGAAAUCCCUGAAUUCACCAAAAUCCAGCCAACAACAUCCUCGGUGAGGGAGAGCAGCUUUGUUGAGAAGAUGAAGAAAACGGGGCGAACCAUCGUGGUGUUUUAUGGUUCCCAGACUGGUACAGCAGAGGAGUUUGCCAACCGCCUGUCCAAAGAUGCCCAUCGUUACGGCAUGCGAGGCAUGUCAGCGGACCCGGAGGAGUAUGAUUUGUCUGAUCUGAGCCGCCUCUCUGAGAUUGACAAUUCCUUGGCUGUGUUCUGCAUGGCUACGUACGGAGAGGGUGAUCCCACGGACAAUGCCCAAGAUUUCUAUGACUGGCUGCAGGAGACUGAUACUGACCUGAAUGGUCUCAAAUUUGCAGUGUUUGGGCUAGGCAACAAGACUUACGAGCACUUCAAUGCGAUGGGGAAAUACGUGGACAAGAGGCUGGAGCAGCUUGGAGCCCAGCGGAUAUUUGAGCUCGGCAUGGGAGAUGAUGAUGGGAACCUGGAGGAGGACUUCAUCACUUGGCGCGAGCAGUUCUGGCCGGCAGUGUGCGAGCACUUCGGUGUGGAAGCUACUGGAGAGGAGUCCAGCAUCCGUCAGUAUGAGCUGGUGGUCCACACAGACAUCAAUAUGAACAAGGUUUACACUGGCGAGGUGGGCCGGCUGAAGAGCUACGAAAGCCAGAAACCCCCGUUCGAUGCAAAGAACCCUUUCCUGGCACCUGUUACCCUGAACCGAAAGCUAAACCAGGGUGGAGAGAGGCACCUCAUGCACUUGGAAUUGGACAUCUCUGGCUCCAAAAUCAGGUACGAGUCUGGGGACCAUGUUGCUGUGUACCCAGCCAACGACACAUCACUAGUGAACCAGAUCGGCGAGAUUCUGGGCGCAGAUCUGGAUAUUAUCAUGUCCUUAAACAACCUGGAUGAGGAAUCCAAUAAGAAGCAUCCGUUCCCCUGCCCCACCACAUACCGAACAGCCCUGACCUAUUACCUGGACAUCACCCACCCGCCGCGCACCAACGUCCUGUACGAGCUGGCUCAGUACGCCACAGACCCCAACGAGCAGGAGCACCUCCGCAAGAUGGCGUCUUCCGCUGCCGAGGGGAAGACGCUGUAUCUCAGCUGGGUUUUGGAGGCCAGAAGGAACAUAUUAGCCAUCCUGCAGGAUUUAUCUUCUCUCCGACCGCCCAUCGACCACCUCUGUGAGCUGCUGCCUCGCCUGCAGGCCCGUUACUACUCGAUUGCCUCCUCUUCCAAGGUUCACCCUCACUCCAUCCACAUCUGCGCUGUGGUUGUGGAAUACGAGACCAAGACAGGCCGGGUGAACAAAGGAGUGGCCACUACCUGGCUGAAGAACAAGGUGCCCAAUGAAAACGGGCACAAGGUGAUGGUGCCCAUGUACGUCAGGAAGUCACAGUUCCGGUUGCCUUUCAAACCCAGCACACCUGUCAUCAUGAUCGGGCCUGGGACUGGCAUCGCCCCGUUCGUUGGCUUCAUUCAAGAACGAGCCUGGCUGAAGCAGCAAGGGAAGGAUGUUGGCGAGACGGUGCUGUACUACGGCUGUCGCCAUGAGAACGAGGACUACCUGUACCGAGAGGAGCUCGCCCAGUUCCACAAGGAGGGAGCCCUCACCCAGCUUAACGUCGCCUUCUCCAGGGACCAAGCCCAGAAGGUCUACGUUCAGCACUUGCUGAAGAAGAACAAAGAGGGGGUCUGGAAGCUGAUCCACGAGGGGAACGCUCACAUCUACGUGUGCGGCGACGCUCGCAGCAUGGCGCGGGACGUGCAGAACACCUUCUAUGAAAUCGUGGCGGAGCUCGGGAGCAUGACCCAGCCCCAGGCCGUGGACUAUGUGAAGAAACUGAUGACCAAGGGCCGCUACUCCCUGGAUGUCUGGAGCUAAGCUGGGCUGCCGGGCACGAGAGAGGAAGGAUUCCCAGACGGCUGCUGGACAGGAGACGAAUGGCACCUGCCCCAGCCAUUGCAAGAACAUGCCACUGAAACAAACCUAACCUUAGAUCCCCUCACCUGGUAAUUGCCCUUCUGCACCCACCUCUCCCCCCUUCGCUAGACUUCUCCUGAGAGCCCUGCAAAGGGCAGGGUGGGGCGGGGACUGCUGGAACCCCCCUGGGUUUUCUGGGGGAACACGCGUCUCCAGUGGGAUGGCUGGGCUCGCCCCCAAACCAACAGGAGCCAGGGCUUGAUGAACCCCCCUGGGUUCCCCUCUCCUGCAGUGCAGGGCAAGGCCAUUAGCUGGUGGGGGCUGCCUGCUCUGCUUUGCUGUCUGUGCAGCGAACCAGCUGCAGGAUGCUCACCCCUGUCCUCUCUCCAGAGCUGCUUUGUGUUCCUGUGGAAACUGUGAUGUGGGGCUGCCCUUCCCGUACCCCCAUCCCCGCCCUGCCCCAGUCACAUAGGGCCCAAGGCUGCCUCCUCUCCCAGGGAGUUGCCUUGGUUUUUAACUCGUUCUCUGGGGACAAUCUGGUGCAAGCAGAGGUGCGCCCCCAGCUCAGGCAUCCAGACCUAGGCUAGGCCCGCACUGCUGUAAACUCCUGGCCAGGCUGUGAGCGGGGGCUUCGGGCUGGCUAGAGACCUGCUCUCUGAACCUGUUAGUGCCUAGCGAGAGUUGUGCCAGUGACUCCUACCUGAGCCUGCUUGGGCUGCCACCCGGGCCAGCCCUGACUCUCCGCUCUGGCCUGUGGGCCUAGCAGGAAGUUGGCUAGUGAGGGUGGGGAGCUGAUGCCCAGUGGCUUAAUGCUCAAUUCUCAGCAACAUGGCGACCAGCUGUGUAACUUCCCAGCCCAGUGCCAGACAAUCCCUCUGGAAGCCUGGGCCUGAGGAUGGUGCUCGCUCCCAGCCAUCGCUAGUCUCCAGGGGACUAGCAGGGCUGCUGCCUGGGCCUUGAGUCAUGUGCCAAGAGGUCAGUGUGGGUCAGGGACUUAACUGCAGUGCUUGCCUCCACUGAAUCUUGUUUCCUUAGGCAGAGGGGACAGGAGGUGGCUGAAGCUGCCUCCUGUGAGAGGGGGGAGGAAUUCCAGAUACUGGCCUGCAGGGGGCACUAACGUGCAGCUGCAAUCAGCCCUGGGGAGCAGGGCCAAUGACUGGGCCCCCCUGUGCUUGGUUAGUCACGUGAACUGAACCCCCUUCGUAGCAUCUCCAUGCACAGUUCUGGUAUCUGUUUCCUGUUCACCCUGCUUGAGACCAGCUCAUGGAAAAGCUCAGCCUGUCCCAUGAGUGUAAAUAAUUUUAAAGAUACUGUCCCCUUGGAAUAAAACAGGGUCUUUAUUUUGCCUCAUGA